CGCCGUGCUCCCACCCUCCCGCCGCGCACUGGGGAUCCCGACCAGUCCUGACCGCACGGGUGGCGCGGCUGCGGGGUGCGGGGAGCAUGGUGCGCGGCAGGAUCUCCCGGCUCUCGGUCCGGGACGUGCGCUUCCCGACGUCGCUUGGGGGCCACGGCUCAGACGCCAUGCACACGGAUCCUGACUACUCAACUGCCUAUGUUGUCAUAGAAACUGAUGCAGAAGAUGGAAUCAAGGGGUGUGGAAUCACCUUCACUCUGGGAAAAGGCACUGAAGUCGUUGUCUGUGCUGUCAAUGCCCUCGCCCACCAUGUGCUCAACAAGGACCUCAAGGACAUUGUUGGUGACUUCAGAGGCUUCUAUAGGCAGCUGACGAGUGAUGGGCAGCUCAGAUGGAUUGGUCCAGAGAAGGGCGUGGUGCACCUGGCGACAGCGGCUGUCCUAAAUGCGGUGUGGGACUUGUGGGCCAAGCAGGAGGGAAAGCCUGUCUGGAAGUUACUUGUGGACAUGGAUCCCAGGACGCUGGUGUCCUGCAUAGAUUUCAGGUACAUCACCGAUGUCCUGACUGAAGAGGAUGCCCUAGAAAUACUGCAGAAAGGUCAAGUUGGUAAAAAAGAAAGAGAGAAGCAAAUGCUGGCACAAGGCUACCCUGCUUACACCACCUCGUGCGCCUGGCUGGGGUACUCAGAUGACACGUUGAAGCAGCUCUGUGCCCAGGCGCUGAAGGACGGCUGGACCAGGUUUAAAGUAAAGGUGGGUGCUGAUCUCCAGGAUGACGUGCGAAGAUGCCAAAUCAUCCGAGACAUGAUUGGACCAGAGAAGACUUUGAUGAUGGAUGCCAACCAGCGCUGGGAUGUGCCUGAGGCAGUGGAGUGGAUGUCUAAGCUGGCCAAGUUCAAGCCAUUGUGGAUCGAGGAGCCAACCUCCCCUGAUGACAUUCUGGGGCAUGCUGCCAUCUCCAAGGCACUCGUCCCAUUAGGAAUUGGCAUUGCCACAGGAGAACAGUGCCACAACAGAGUGAUAUUUAAGCAACUCCUACAGGCGAAGGCCCUGCAGUUCCUCCAGAUUGACAGUUGCAGACUGGGCAGUGUCAAUGAGAACCUCUCAGUAUUGCUGAUGGCCAAAAAGUUUGAAAUUCCUGUUUGCCCCCAUGCUGGUGGAGUUGGCCUCUGUGAACUGGUGCAGCACUUGAUUAUAUUUGACUACAUAUCAGUCUCUGCAUGCCUUAAAAACAGGAUGUGUGAGUAUGUUGACCACCUGCACGAGCAUUUCAAGUAUCCCGUGAUGAUCCAGCGGGCUUCCUACAUGCCUCCCAAGGAUCCCGGCUACUCAACAGAAAUGAAGGAGGACUCUGUAAAGAAACACCAGUAUCCAGAGGGUGAAGUUUGGAAGAAACUCCUUGCUGCUCAAGAAAAUUAAGUGCUCAGCCCCAACAUCUUUUUCCUUUUUGAAGUGAAAAGGCUUCAAAUUUCUUGGAAAUAGUUUUACAGAUAUGGAUUUUAAGAAAUCCUACCAAGAUUAGUUCAAUGAAAAGUCAUACCACCCUCAGGAAUCAGCUAAGUAAUUAUUACUUGAUUCUUUUAGCAAAUCAAUACACAUUAUCCUACUUAAUACUUAAAUAAGUCUAGAUUUAACUAACCCAAAGUCCAGGAAGAUGCUCUUACAAAAUAUCUAUCCAGGGCUGGCACCUAGACAUUAAACUGUGCUUUGAAAAUAAGCAACAUGUUGCAUAACUUGUUGGAAUAAUUCUUUGUUCUACUUCACACUUGUCAUAAAUUAGCAAAUAAAAAUAGUCAUGCCAA